AAGUCACCCGACAGAAGACUAAAGCCUUCCCACGUGGUGACGUACGAGCCACGCAACGGCUAAUUCGUCAGACUGCUAACGACGAGGGGACCGUCUGAAAGGGAACAAGGCGCGGUCACGAGGGCGCAAGGGAUAAAAACGGCCGGAGGAAAAUCCUCCCUAAGUGGAGGGGAUACGAGAUCUGUUGGAUGCAGCCUGUUGAUUCACAGUACUCGUCAGUAACAGUCGCGUCGCAUGGAGAGCCGCGACAAACCGAGAGAGACACGUGUUGAGUACGCGAGUAGUUUCUGAACACAACGGACGUUUAUCUUUCCAUUCCGUCUCGUCUGCGACAGCAAACUCAGAUCUUACGUGCACGUCAAUACACAAAGGUUAAAGAGAGGGCGGCUGCAAUUUUUUGACGGCUUGAGAAACGAGUUCACCGCAUCGAGAAACUCCGUAGAUCGUGGACCGUCGCUUGAGCCAGGCUAAAAGAAGUGAUCAACGUGAGGAGGGCGACUAUUCGAGGUUCAAGGUGCACAUGCUGAAGAGACGAGAAGUGCGUGCGGAGAAAAUACUCGCGUUGCCAUGAAACCUUGGGCCAAUAAAUCUCUAGGGCUCGGUGUCUUCGGACUGUUACUGGUGGUCUGCGGCUUGUCCCUCUGCUCCUUCUGGCCAACCGUCUUUCAUCAGAUCCUCCAAAAAGGUUUAGCUCUCACGCCAACUUCAAGGAGCUUCGGCAUAUGGAAGGACACCAGCAACCUCCCACCGAUGCGCUUGCACAUAUACUUCUUCAAUUGGACCAACCCGCAGGAAUUGCGAGUACACGGAAAGAAGCCGCAUUUCGUUCAAGUUGGCCCUUACACCUUCAGGGAGAUAAAACAAAAGAAUAAUAUCACGUUUCAUCCCGAAAACAACACCGUCAGUUAUUUUCAACGACGAUCUUGGAACUUUGAUCCGGAGCACAGCAACGGAAGUCUCAGCGACAUCAUCAUCCAUCUGAACGUCGUCGCUGUGUCGGCAGCGCACAAAAUCCGCUAUUGGGAUUACAGUUUGCAGAAAUCCUUAUCAAUACUCCUGUCUGGGUCGGAUGUCCACAUCAAGAAGACGGUGGAGCAAUUGCUUUUCGUGGGCUACGAGGACAAUCUGCUCACUAUGGGCAAGAUGUUGGCCAGCGAUACUGAAAUGCCGCUUUACGAUCGUUUCGGCUGGUUUUAUAUGAGGAAUAAUUCGUACGAGAUGGAAGGACUGUACAACAUGGAGACCGGCGUGGACGACAUCUCCAAGUUGGGGAUAAUGAGGAAGUGGAACAACAGAGACACAAUAAAGUUUUACAGAAGCCCGUGCAACAUCGUCGAAGGCAGCGCGGGUGAAUUCUGGCCGCCCGGCAGGACGAAGGACGACAUCGUUUUGUUCAGCACGGACAUCUGCCGGCCGUUAAUUUAUGAAUACGAGCGGACGGUCUCGCGCUUGGGCAUCGAAGGUUACCGAUAUGUGAUCGACAAGAAGACCCUCGGGAACGCGACGCGGCGACGCUACCCGCACGAGCAGGCGAAAUACUUCGAGCCGACCACGACGACGGAGGACUUCUUCGCGGCCGAGCACACGAGCGACUUCACGACGGAGCCGCCCGUCACGACCACCGAGAGCCCGAGCUCCAGCGAAGAACGCUCGUCCGAGGAGACGGACGAGCUACCUGACGACGACCCGGAUGUCGUCAACAUGGGUCACUGUUACUGCAACGGCGAGUGCACGCCGUCCGGGCUGAUGAACGUGUCUGCGUGCCGCUACGACGCACCGAUCUUCAUUAGUUUACCUCAUUUUUACAAGAGCGACCCUAUCCUGCUCGACCAGAUCGAAGGGCUGAGCCCGAACGAGGAACACAGCUUCUCCAUCACUCUCGAGCCCAUAACGGGGAUUCCCUUGGAAGUGAAAGCUAAAUUUCAAAUUAAUGUUCUUCUGCAAUCGUCAGAGCUUGUGUCGCUCUUCGAAGAUGUGCCCAAGAUCUACUUCCCGAUCUUUUGGUUCGAUUUCAACGUCGAAAUCAACAAGGAGAUAGCGUCGGGCUUGAAACAAUUGCUAGCGCUUCCAACAGUGAUGUUAUGCACCGGCAUAAUUAUGACACUUAUUGGAUUAUGCUUGAUUUGCGGCGUAACGCUCUUGUAUCUCGUAAAGAGGCAACGUAUAUCUUCGAUAAUAGAGACCGCGCCGGAGAAGCCGAUCGACGAGUCUCUCGAGAAAAAAUCGGAAACUGUGUACAUGGAUAAGAUAGCCGCCAACGAGGACGCUAACGUCAGGAGCGAUCGUCGUUUGUACGCGAAGCUCUACUGAGCGUUUCCCCUCAUCGGGAGGCCUCUUUUUCACGAACGCGUUUAAAUCACGUAGGAGACAAAAAUGUGCAAUCGUGGACCAACUUCGAAAUAUCGUAGAAGAACUUCUUCAAAGGUGCGUUCUCCAGUGGAUUCUCAAGUGUGCUUGGCUCGACUGCAGCGACUCGUGUGGAUGACUAUCUCGAGAUAUAAAUAUUUGCACUUGGAUACGGUAUAAAAAGAAAAAAGAAGGAGACAUUUGUAUAGAGAGAGAGAGAGAGAGAGAGAGAAAGAAUGUGUGUGUAUGACAAAGUUACCGAGUACACUUUAUCGUAAGUGAUCUUAGUUUGUAACGAUUCGAUAUACAUAUGCGCAUCAAUCAAUUCGCAUGAUUGUAUAUCAAUAAGUCACAAAUAGUGCAUGUUGCAAGUACAGAGCACUGUACAGAUAUAGAUGCGUACAGAUCGAAGCGUCGCUUUGGUUUUACUGUGCGACAAUGAGUUUCAGUAGCGCUAAACACACAGAAAAUUACGGAUCGAAUCGAUAUUCCUCAUCGACGAAAUCGAAAAUCUUAUCCUUCAAGUCGUUUCGAGGUGUUACUUGCUUUGCGAACGACGAAUUCAUUGUGAUUGUUACAUUCCCACGUGACGUACGGUGUAGAACGAAGAAUGAUAUUCAAGUGUCGAAUAAUAUUCAAGUUUCGACGUUAUAUACUAAGACUGACGAAAUUGACGAUCGUGGCGAAGCUCUUGUUAAUUAAUGAUUCCUCAUCUGUUUACUAAACCGGCUGCUGUCACACGCGUGUGCUCACAAUCGGAACACAAUGGACUGAUCAGAAAGGCAAAUCGUGCUGCAAAUUUCAAAUCGAUCCGGGGCCGUUUUGUUAAUUCAUCGUGACAGAUGUGAGUAGAGCUUUAAUAUAUUGAGAUAAGUCAAUCAAACGGCUUUAAUCGUAAUUCGUAGGUGAAUUAAUAUAUCCAUACGUUAUUGAUAUCACCGCCGAUAUCAAAUCAACGAGAAAACGCCGUAAUUAAACGCAGUUGAAUGAAAGAAAAAUAGUACAAAAAGCUUUAUAAGAUAAUGUGUGAAACACGGAGGCAACAUGGUGUGAAAAUGAAUUUAUCUUUCUACUCAAAUUUAUUCAUAAAAGUGUGAACGCGACGAAUCGCAGUUAGAUAGUUAUUAUUCGUCGAGAAACCCGCGCGAAACAACGAAUUUUAUCGGCAUUUAAACACGUAGAUACGCGAAAAAAUACGCUGCUUUCAUGCGGAACGGAUAUCUGUGGCGUGCCUUGAUAUUGUAAUUAAGUGUUAUUGUGCGAAUUCGGUGUUUAUCAUUGUUCGGUAUAGGCGUUGUUGCGCACCGUAAGCUUCAGGAUAACGUUGUAGCUUCUUGCUUAUUUUUUUCGCAGAGAACAUGCACGAUCGAUGUGAAAUCAGUGCCUGCAUUCAGAAGAGAGAGAGAGAGAGAGAGAGAGAAAGAGAAAAUAGUUCAGUGAGCGCUUUGUAGUUAUUACUGCUUCUGACUAGUAUAUUCUGCUAGAUCUAUAGAGGAUCUAAAAGAAUACUCCAAUCGUAGACAAUAAUCAACGAGCGUUCACCGAGCUUUUUUCUUUACCGAACGCAGCCAACUUCGCGUCCAGUGAAAUUAAGGGAAAACGUCGAAUAUGUGUUCCUUAGCGAUUCAUUUCUCGUCGCUACCUGAUUACGCGUUGCUCUGUUGAAAAAGAAAAAAAAGACAGCUGGGAAUCCACGUAGGAAGUCCACAUGGCAUCCUAUGAUAACCUCUGGGAAUUUGCGCCGAAAACCUCGGUCCUAGGUUUAACAAUCCAUGUGGAUUCCUGUGUGGAUUUUCACACACCGUAUGGAUUCCUAUGUAGGUUAUUAAUAUCCUAUGCAAAGCUUGCAGCCGGUUCGUACUUUUCCAUAGUUGGACCGGCCGCAGGCCUGUCCUAUAUGGAUUCACACGAGGGAUCCCCGUAGAUUUCCGUGAGAAUCUAACGUAAAAAUUUUCAACAGGCCGAUACGAGGCCGACCGGCGUCGCGCCUGAGUUAGUUUACCGUGCCAAUACUUUUCUUCGUUACAGCAUCAUUACUGGAUAAGUUGUGAACGGCGGAAUUUGUGAUAUUCAGCGUUACUUUACGCGUGUUUGUACAAAAGCAGCCAUUUACGAGUGCCAAUGACGUUUAGGUUAAGCGUUAAUUGUGUUCCGAAAUUCACCCCGUCAGUAUUAAAAAUCGACAGUUUACGUCACGUACACUAUACAUUUUCUAUACUGGCGACGAACGUCGGAACAUAAUCUCUAAGGUAUCCGACCAUAUAAGGGAAAGGGUGGGCGGGGCGGUAUUUCAUAUGUUACCAAUCCUAAGUGUGACCUCACAACGGUGCAAUCAUCACGUGCUAGAGUGCAUUGUGACGCUUCAGUGUCCAAAUAUGCAAAGGUACGUGAGGCGCGAUCCAUCGGGCAAAAUCGUACGAUUUUGUAUUUGUAUUUUAAUAAAGGGUCUACUAUUUUUACAACAUUA